GCUCAUGAUUGUGAUUUUGUGGUUGCUUGCAUUUGCUGACCUGUCUCCUGUCUACGCUACUUCUUCUGUUAAUGCUUCUUUAAAUGAGGAAUACGAGGGUUCGGUCGCUAAUGCAUCAAUCAUUGUGUACAACUACUACCUGGAUAGCAGAAGUGUGAAGGAACUUGUCGUUCGGUUGAAUGUAGUUGUCCUUGAUUUGAUGAAGACCCAUCCAAUAUUGGUUGUUGCAAGACAGAGGGAUGGAGUGAAUGCAUUUUCAGUUCCUUUUGUGAUUAACAAUAUCAUUCUUUACAACGUGAGUCGUACUCUGUGCCCGGUGAUUUUUGAACCCCACGACUCCUUGCUCUUAGCGAUAGAACUCUCAAGCUUUUCUACGCAGCCGGUCCGUUACAAGCUCCGUGCGGAUUCACUGGAUUCUUUUGAUUUGAGACUUAAUCGGCCCAUGCAUUUUGCUAUCCAUGCAGCCCAGCCAAUGUAUUUCCGGUACAAGUUUCCAAAGGGGUCAGAGUCCGUUGCCAUCAAAGCUGAGUCUCCAGAUGACACUUGUAUGAUUUUAUCCGCUCAAGGUCUCCAGUGCCCCGUGAAUGAUGGCUUGGAUACAGCUGGAAAUUUUGGUCUUCACCAGACAGUCACUACUCUUGGCACACUCUCAAUUAACAGCGUACAAUAUAAUGAUGGCUUCUACAUUAUUUUGGUGCUGAUGGCAACUGAUUUCUUAUGCACUGGAAUGGAGAACCUGACCCCAAUUCCUCCUAAUCGUCAUUAUAGCACAUAUCCUAUGGAUGGGCGCUCUAAAACACUUACACUGACUGCACUUCCAAUUCCAAACAGUUUAGAUUACAUUCUCCCGAUAUCGCUCACCGUUGCGUUCUUCACUUCCUUCUACGCCGUGGCCAUACUCGUCGUUUGCAUCCAUCAACGCCCAUCUCACGGCACUCAUGACCCGGCUUUGGGCUCCAAGAUACAUUCCUUCCCCGCUGACAGUCGAACUCAGGAUGCCUAA